UUUACGGCGGCGCUUUGCGGUGGCGAGGGCGGCGGGCGCGGGGCCGCCAUGGAGGGCGGCGGGAACUCCAAGGGCACCGGGCUCGGCGGCCUCUUCGGCGCCGGCGGGCUCGGGUACUCGCACGCCGACCUGGCCGGGGUGCCGCUAACUGGGAUGAGCCCUUUGUCACCGUAUUUAAACUUGGACCCCAAGUACCUAGUACAGGAUACAGAUGAGUUUAUCCUGCCCACAGGAGCCAACAAAACUCGAGGCAGAUUUGAGCUGGCCUUUUUUACCAUUGGAGGAUGUUGUAUGACAGGGGCAGCAUUUGGUGCACUGAAUGGUUUAAGACUUGGCUUGAAGGAAACACAGAAUAUGGCAUGGUCAAAACCUAGAAAUGUACAAAUUCUAAAUAUGGUGACACGGCAAGGAGCGUUAUGGGCAAACACUCUGGGAUCACUGGCUCUACUUUACAGUGCAUUUGGAGUCAUCAUUGAAAAAACACGAGGUGCAGAAGAUGACCUGAACACUAUAGCUGCUGGAACCUUGACAGGAAUGCUAUACAAAAGCACUGGUGGAGUGCGCGGGAUAGCACGAGGCGGGAUCGCAGGCCUGACGCUGACUGGCCUCUACGCCCUGUACAACAACUGGGAGCACAUGAAGGGCUCCCUAGCCCGGCAGUCCCUGUGAGCAGGGCAGAGGACACGCUUGCUUAGUCACCAAUCAAAUCAGUUGUGAGAUCUA